CCGUCACAAAGAUGACUAAAAAUCAGCUCUGAACAAUGAAACAUAACCCACACGCAUACAUAAAAAACAUCCUUUAAGAUGCGCCUCUCUUUCUCUUUCUUCAAACACUUGCUAUUCAAAGCUUCAACUUUGAACUCUUCAUUGUCAUCAACUCAUGCUUUUUAGAGGCAGUUUGGAUUGGUUUUGUCUCCAAUAUGAAUUUUGAGGUACUGGGUUUGGAGGGUAUUGUGGGCCCUAAUAAUGGAGCUCUAUCUCAAACUCAACCUCCUUCAACUCCUCUCCUCUCAGCUGAGACCAAGCCUAAGCUUGUUGGAUCUGGGUUUACCAUGCAAGAAAGAUCUUUUGACUCAGCUGAAGAUCACUGGAAAGGUUCUAAGUUACCAAGAACUGAUGAUUUGUUAACCCCAAACACAAUGCCAUUGCAACAAGGCACUCCCUUGUUGAGAUCUAAUUCUUUGGUCUCGGCUGACACUCGUCAACAGGAGUAUAUACUAAGCUUCUCUUCACUCAAAUCUGAAGUUCCUUCUAUCAGCAAAGAUGGUGGCUUUUUGGAGAGAAUUACACAAAACAAUAGCUUUUCUUACCAUCAGCAUACAUCCUCUAUGUAUACUAGAAAUGCAGGUUAUGGUUCUGGAGGGUUCAAUGCAAACAUUCAUGGACCUCUUACUGCGGUUAGAGGACCUUUUACUCCAUCUCAGUGGAUUGAGCUAGAACACCAGUCAUUAAUCUACAAGUACAUCACUUUUAAGGUGCCUGUACCGUCAAAUUUGCUCAUCCCUCUCAAGAAGUCCCUCUACCCUUAUGGCUUGUCCAGCUCAUCCGCUGGAUCUUUGCCUCCCAAUUCAUUGGGAUGGGGCUCUUUCCAUCUAGGGUACUCGGGCACCACUGAUCCUGAGCCAGGGAGGUGUCGUCGAACAGAUGGAAAGAAAUGGCGCUGCUCCCGGGAUGCUGUUGCUGACCAAAAGUAUUGUGAAAGGCACAUAAACAGGGGCCGCCAUCGUUCAAGAAAGCCUGUGGAAGGUCAAACUGGCCAUGCCGCCUCUGGGACCACUAAUUCAAAGGUAGUGCAGAAGAUAAGCAGUGGUGGUGCAUCCAACAACCUCACAAUUGCACCGCAGUACCAGUUUAAGAACUUGCAAUCUGGUGCUGCUGACCCUUCUGCAGAUGCCCUUGUUAACAGGUUGUUUCUAAAAAAAGAGGGUGUUCGUGGCAGAAUACAAGAACCUCAGGGGCUGUCCAUGAUGUCUUCAGCCACCAACCUGAAAUCGAGUGACUCUAAGUUUACCAUUACAAAACAAGGUAUUCCAUUUGUAGAGUCCUCUCAAUCAGAUUGUGGACCUGUUGCCUCUGAUUCUCUAUUUAAUCCAUUGCAUAGAAGCUCUUUCAUGAAUUAUAAAGAGUAUGGUCCGUUCUUAGACUUCACUGAUCAAGGAACGCAAGACCAAAAUCCACUUCGCCAAUUUAUAGAUGGCUGGCCUAAGGAUCAAUCUUGUCGUUCUGUCAUUACUUGGCCAGAGGAGUUAAAAUCAGACUGGACCCAACUCUCGAUGUCUAUUCCUAUGGGAUCUUCAGAGUUCUCGUCAUCCUCAUCCUCACCGGCACAAGAGAAACUUGCGUUUUCACCUCUUAGGUUAUCUCGGGAGCUUGGUCCAAUCCAAAUGAACUUGGGAGUGAACGGUGACGUUAAUGACCAGCACCAAAAGCAAGCUAACUGGAUUCCGAUAUCGUGGGGAAGUUCAAUGGGAGGUCCUUUAGGAGAGGUCCUAACCAACAUCACCAGCAAUGUGCGUGGCUGCAAGAACACAUCACCACUUGGCCUCUUAUCUGAUGGCUGGGGUGGUAGCCCACAGUUGAGAUCUUCGCCAACAGGUGUCCUGCAGAAGGCACCUUUUGUUUCACUUUCAAAUAGCAGUUCAGGGAGCAGUCCAAUAGCUGAGAACAAGAAGCCCUAUGAUGGUGCCAGCCUUUGCGAUGAUGUGCUUGGCUCAGCUCUUAUAAGUUCUGCCUCAAUUCCAUUAUAAUCAGAAGCUAAUAAUUUAAGCUAGUAAAGAACAAACUGUGGAAGAAACCUGAGUCUGUUGCAGGGUCAUUAUAAGAUGCUUGAAGAACUUAUGUUUGUCUAAUUAAUUUUAUUUCUUCUCUGUUCUCUUGAACUUAUUGUUCUUUAAAUUUUACCAAUUAGGAACCCGGCCAUAUCCAAUUUAAUAGAUAUUGGACAUUCUGGCUCAUGUUGAUUUGUCGGUAUACGAGUGCAUCUAUAGAUUGUGAAUUGAAGUGAUUUAUGAUCUGAUUAAUUGUCUUGU